AUGUUGACAAUAGAAGUUUAUUUGAUGUUCUCAUUAGAAAUGUAUUUAUUGAUGUUCUCAUUAGAAAUGUAUUUAUUGAUACUCUCAUUAGAAAUGUAUUUCACGUUCUCAUUGAAAGUGCAUGGUAUUCUUAUUGGAAGUGUUAUCCUUAUUGAAAACACACACAAAAGCAGAUCAAUGAUUAACAUCCAACAACAACAACAACAACAACAACAACAACAACAACAACAACAACAACAACAACAACAACAUUAUUGUCUCGCUAAUUGGGAAUUGGUUUAG